AUGUCCCGUCAGGCCUCCGAGGACGAGUUGUGCCAGGCGGUCCUCAAUUUUGUCACCGACGGCGCCUAUCCAGAGGAGACCCUGGUGGCCGCCCAAUUCCCUGCGGCAGCUCUGACGAAGGAGCUGGAGCUCAUUUCCAAGGCUCGCAAGCAGGUUGAGGACGAAAUUAGCUCACUGAGCCGUGAGAAUACCACCUUCGAUGCCGAUGACUGGAUUAUCCAAGCGAAGCAACUGCAUGCGGAUAUCGAGCGCUCGCGAGUCACUGCACGGGAGAUUGUCGCCCAGCAUGAGCAGACUAAACCAUUGCGAUCAAAAGUGGAGGAUGCAAGCGCGAAAGUGGGCUUGAUCGAAACGGAGAUCGCGUUCAACCAGGCCGUGACCGACACGCUCGAGGAGGUACAGCGACUAUGCCAGCAGCUGGAGAGCGGACGAGCAGCUCUUGCGACUGGUCAGAUUUCGGCAGCCAUCAAGCAGUUGGAGUUGAUCGAUGGGGCGAUUGGAAGCGAUACGAACUUCGCGCACACCAACGUCAUGGGCAUACUUUCGACAGAGGUCGCACGCUUGCGUCAAGAGAUAGAAGAUGCACUGCGCCUGCGCUGGAGCAAACAAUUGAACGUUGAUCGGCAAAAGGGCGAAUUUCAAAUCACCAAGGGUGAUGCGGCAGAUUCUUUGGAUGAUACGAUCGAGGCCCUGUCUCGAUUGGAGAUUCUACCUUCUGCCACUGAUAAAUUCCUGAGAGAUCUUACUUCUAUUAUCAUUGACCCUAUACUAUUACCACGGGCAGAUGGUAGCAGCCGUGGUGUCUCGGUAACCGACGCGAGCGUUCAUCUUGAACCUGAUUAUUCAAUAACCACCGUCUCUGAAACUUUGAAUCAUGUCGCCGAGGUCUUGAGCCAUUUGCGGCAGAACCUUCCUCCAUCCAUUUCGGUCGGGCUUUCACAGACACUUGUUUCAGCUGUUGCUUCGAAGGCAAUAUCCGGGCGGUUGUCUUCUGUAAUCCCAACCACCCUCGCUGGUCUGGACGAAUUUGAAAAAACCCUAGACCAUGUCUUGCAAUUUACAAAAACUAUUGAGUCUUGGGGGUGGACUGGUCAAGAGGAGCUGGUGUCGUGGGUCAAUCAAGCUCCUCGUCUGUGGUUGACACAGCGUCGUGUCGAUUCGCUUGACCGUGUCCGCAAGAUUCUCGCUGCUAGCAAGGGCUCAACCAUGCAAGUGGAAUGGGUAGAAAAGGAGGUUUUUGAAGCCGAUGAAGCUUUAUUGCAGAAUGCCACGGCCGAUGAUGAUUGGGAUGUAAAUUGGGACGAUGACAAAGAGGAACAGGAAGCUACUACGCAUGAGAAGAAUGCGCAGUCCGAAGACGAUGAGGAGGAUGUUAGUGCAUGGGGCCUUGAUGAUGCUCAGGAAGAAUCUAAACCCGACAGCAUGGGUCCAAUUGAAGACGAUGGCGAUGGCGAUGAUGCUUGGGGUUGGGGCGAAGAGGAUGAGGAAGAUAAGGGCGAGAAAAACCCAGAAUCUGAAGACACGGCGAGCUUAAAACCUGCAAAUGGUGAAAAGAUUGCCACUUCCUCUGCUCCCAGAGAGGUGACUCUGAAAGAGGUCUACACUGUCACUGAUAUCCCUGAUUCGGUCCUUGGCAUAAUCCAACAACAAAUUACCGACUCGAAAAAUAUUUCACAACCCCCAUAUUCGACUUCUCGUGUUGCAUCGUCUGGCGCUGGCCUGCUUGCGCUACCCACCUUGAUUUUGGCUAUGUUCAAAGCCACCUCGUCCACUUUCUAUUCUCUGAAACUUGAAUCCGGACAGAUGUAUCUUUACAAUGAUACUCUCUAUCUUGCUGGCCAAGUUCGUGAAUUGGUAGAGCGAUACGAGUUGUCCAGGCUCGGCUCGGAUGUGGAAGCUCUGGAGAAGUUUGGGAAGUUUGCCUACAGCAAGGAGAUGCAAACUCAGAGCACCAUUGUUACAGACCUUCUAGAUGGUGCACAGGGCUUUGGUCAAUGUUCUCAGCAGCCAUUCAAGACGGAAUGCGAAAAUGCCGUGAGCGCCACUGUUGACCGGAUACGAGACGUCUACAAAGAGUGGCAGCCGAUCCUGUCACACUCCGCCCUGCUUCAAUCAAUAGGCUCUCUGCUCUCUACGGUGAUCAAUAAGAUCAUUAUUGAUGUUGAAGAUCUAGGGGAUAUCUCUGAAGAUCAGUCCAAGCAGUUAGUCGCAGUCUGCAACCAAGUCACCAAGCUCGAAAACCUAUUCAUGCCCAAGACGACCGGCGACGCUGAAGCUGUUCCAAUUACUGCCGUUUAUGUUCCAAACUGGCUCCGGUUCCAGUAUCUUAUUAACAUCUUGGAAAGCUCGCUGGCCGAUAUCAAAUUCCUUUGGCUCGAGGGCGAAUUGGGCCUAGAAUUCUCCAUGGAUGAAGUGAUUGAUUUGAUUGAAGCACUGUUUGCUGAGUCUGACUAUCGCCGUCGAGCCAUUGCAGAUAUUCGACGAGCCCCCCGAUGA